GCCAUGCUCGUCGCGCUGGAGAGCGGCGAGUUCCUGAAGUUGGACGGCCACUUUCCAUCGAAACGCAGCCACCGCACGUCGCUGAGCGCGACCUCCAAGAAAGCCGCGAGCUACCUCGCGUCGCACCUCGAGCUCUACAAGCUCGGCCACUACGUCAAACGCCACGGCGCGGGCCUCGCGCGGUCGCAAGGCAACAGGGAAACGAAGCUGGCGGCGCGCGUCGAGCGCGCGCGGGCGCGCGAGGCGCGGCGCCACUUCGGGUGGCUCGCGUACCGCGGCAUGGCACCGGCCUACCUCGGCGCCGUUUUGGCGCUGUCGCUCUGGAUGGGUUUGCUAUUAGAGGAGCGGACGCUGCCCGCGCUGCGGUCCGUCUGCGUCGCCGCGCGCGUGCCCGACGACGUCGCCGGCGCGACGGUGCUCGCGCUCGCGACGGGCGGCUUCGAGGUCCUCUUCUCGACCGUCGAGACCGUCGAGGGCCGCGUCGGCGUGGGCCUCAACUUCGUGCUCGGCAGCGGCGUCGUCAACUUCGGCCUGCUGCCUUUUGUGGUUGCGUGCGCGGCGCGGGUCGCGCGGGGCGCCAAGGCGCUGCCCAUCGACCUCGACCCGGUGCCCGUCGCGCGCGACGGCGCCUUCGCGCUGCUGGCCUUCGCGGCGCUGCUCUGGGUCGUCGCGGACGAGUUCGUGAGCCUGGCCGAGGCGCUGGGGCUGCUGGGUCUGUACGCGGCGCACGUCCUGGCGUGCUUCCUCGGCCCGCGGCCCGCGUCGACGCCGCCGGCGUCGCCCAAGGCCGAGCUCGAGCUCGGGUCGCCGGCGCGGCUGGUGCCGAAGAGCUCGACGACGCCGCCGGCGUCGCCGCGGCGCGCGGCCGACGACAAGGGCCACGCCGUGCGCACGCCGCGGGAGCGCGUUUUGGACGCCGCGCGGCUGCUCCUGCCGCCGCCGCUGCCCGCGGCGACGGCGCCGGGCGCGCGCGCGGCGCUCCGCGACGCCGCGCCGACGCUCGCCGGCAGCGGGCUCUGGCUCGCGGCGCUCCUCCUGCUGCUCACGCGCCUCGCGGACCUGCUCGCGCUCUCCGCGCGGCUGCCCCUGGCCUUCGCCGGCGCCGUGUUCCUGCCCGCGGUCUACGCGAUCCCGGACGUGCUCGUGUCCGCGAACAUCGCGUCGUCCGGCCACGGCCGCGCGGCGGUGUCGACGGUGCUCGGCGUCCAGGUCGUCACGGUGCUGCUCGGCGUCGGCAUCCCCUUCACGGUCCACGGCUGCCUCUCGGCGAAGCCCGUCGCCGUCUCCGGCGUCGACUGCGUGCCCGCGCUGCGCUACGGCGUCUUCCUCAUCGGCGCGCUCUUCGUGGGCUCCGUGCUCGGGCCGCUCGCGCUCCGGCGGCCGCCGUCCUUCGGCGCGCCCCAGGCGGCGCUCGUCGUCGUCGCCUACGUCGCCAUCUCCGCCGUCGUCGCGCGCCGGACCCUCACGCCGGGGUAA